AGCUCCACCGCGGCACAUACGAUCACUCAGUCACCGCGGUCAUGUUCGAGUAGUCGCGUUGGCAGUGAUUAAUGUUGUGAAGAGCAGAGAUGGAGAGGAGCACCGGAGGGACUCGUUGUACCAGCAGCAGUAACAGGAGCACCAGUAACAGCGGCGGUAAGCGCAGCGGAUCGGUGGAGCCCGGCGGCCGGAGAGGAGCAGCAGCAGCCGUAGCAGAAGCAGCAUUAGCGGGAAGCGGAGCGCCUCCGCGGCCCGGACCUCCGACAACUGACACGAACUGCAGCAGCAGCGUCGGCAAACCCGAGCCGAAACACAGCAGAAGAGGACUGGAGGGAGUGCUCAACAAAUACACUAAUCUGCUACAGGGAUGGCAACACAGGUAUUUUGUGCUGGACCCUGAGCUCGGUCAGCUGCAAUACUUUUUAAAUGAACAGAGUAAGAGCCAGAAACCACGGGGCUUGCUGCCUCUGAUUGGUUCUUCUGUGGCCCCGAGUGAUGAGCUUCCAUUCCUGUUCACAAUCUACGCUGCUAAUGGGGAACUCUUCAAACUGAGAGCAUGUGAUGCGUAUGAGCGACAGCAAUGGAUGACCCAGCUCCAGCUCUGUGCCCGGCGUCAUUCAGAGGGCAGCGCCAAGGGCUGCUCUUUAUCCUCGGCCUCCGCCUCGUCGACGGGCAGCCGGACCCGCAGCUUCUCCCUACUCCCUCAACCCGCUCCAUCCUCCUCCUCCACUGCCACCCAGAGACAGAACCUCCCGCAUGGCCAUGGGACCCCGAGCUCCAUCAUCACUAUCACCCACCACAAAUCACCAACGAGCGGGCACCGGGCCUGCGGUCACAAUCCCGCCCGACUGCACCACGUCAAAGAGGUCAUGUCUCAAGCUGAGGGUCAGCAGAAGAAUCUGCAGCACUCCAUUGAAUCUCUGCCCAGCCGUGGGCCGAUAUCCUCGCUCGAUCCAGACCUGUUGUUGCUCAAAGCCACAUCUGCAGCCACGCUGAGCUGUCUGGGAGAGUGCCUGAGCAUCCUUCAGCACAAUGUGAGCCAGGCUGCUCGUAACAUCGCCACACACACACCAGGACCGAACACAGAGAACACAUCUGGCUGGUCAGGACCAAAGCCUACCACAGACGAGCCUCUGGAGAAUGGAGCGGUGAUGGGCUUUUCCACCUUGAGCAGUAAUAGAGCGUCCCCAGCACACAUGAACAGAGAACUCAAUAAAGGAUCUGAGCAGAACUCUAGUCCAGAUGCAGGGGACCACAGUGAAGAAAACACAGACACUGAGGAUAACGAUGAGGAGGACCUUGGAGUGCUGGAUGACCAGAGGAGCAUCAUUCUUCACCUGCUUUCUCAACUCAAACUGGGCAUGGACCUCACACGGGUGGUGCUACCCACCUUUAUUCUGGAGAAGCGCUCCUUGCUGGAGAUGUAUGCUAACUUCAUGGCUCAUCCCGAUAUGUUCUUAGCCAUCACAUCUGGAACGACACCGGAGGAGCGCAUUGUGCGUUUUGUGGAAUAUUACCUGACUGCCUUCCACGAAGGACGCAAGGGCGCAGUGGCCAAAAAGCCUUAUAACCCUAUUCUGGGAGAGAGUUUCCUGUGCAGUUGGGAUGUCCCCUGUGAAAGAGUGCGCCCCCUUAGGACCACAAGUUCUGCCACAUCUCACUCUGUCCCACCCCCUUGCUCAGCCAAUCACACGAACUGUUACCGGCUACGUUUUGUGGCAGAGCAGGUCUCGCACCACCCACCUGUUUCUGGGUUUUACUGUGAGUGUAAGGAGCGUGGGAUGUGUGUCAAUGCCCACGUCUGGACAAAGAGCAAGUUUAUGGGCAUGUCUGUGGGAGUGUCUAUGGUUGGCGAGGGAGUGUUGCACCUUCUGGAGCAUGAAGAGCAGUACGUGUUCACAUUACCCUGCGCCUAUGCCCGUUCCAUACUCACAGUGCCAUGGGUUGAGCUAGGAGGAAAAGUCUCCAUCUCCUGUGCCAAGAGUGGCUACUCAGCCACAGUCACAUUCCACACUAAACCCUUUUAUGGAGGAAAAGUGCACAGAGUGACAGCGGAGGUCAAGCACAACCCCACUGGCACAAUUGUGUGUAAAGCACAAGGCGAGUGGAACGGUACAUUGGAGUUCACCUAUAGUAGCGGAGAAACCAAAGUCAUUGACACGACCAAACUGCCAGUCAUUAAAAAGAAGAUUUGCCCAGUGGAAAAACAGGGACAGUAUGAGUCUCGGCGGUUGUGGCAGCAUGUGACUUCGGCUUUGAAGGCUGGAGAUAUAGACACAGCCACCGAGCACAAACACCAGCUGGAGGAGAGACAGCGCAAUGAGGAGAAGCAGAGAUCUGCCACCAACACCGCCUGGAAACCUAAAUACUUCAUCAAAGAGGGUGAAGGCUGGGUCUAUCACAAACCUCUGUGGAAGACAAACUGUUAAGGAAAGCCAUUCAGUAUUAAGCUGGCUGUCCAUCACAGUGCCCAGUCUGUGGGAUAUAGAUAGGCUGGGCCACACAGGUAGAGAGCUGGCCAGCCAUGGAACUGGAAGAACUAGACUUUACAGGAACUGGAAAAAGGCUGGCCAUUUCUGCAGCCGUCUGGCAGAGUCAAAGGUGCCAAAAACAAAUAAUCUGACCAAAAUCUGGAGUAAGCUUCUACAGCUACUAAAAAAGCAGUCAUUUUGAGAGACGUGAGGAUUUUAUUUAUCCGCCUGUGACUGAAAGAUUCCACGCAGAGGCUGAAAGUCACUUCUCUUCCACUUCAAGUUAAUCCGUCUAUGCUUCCUAAAGGAUCAGGGGCUUUGGUUUCAAGCCGGUUGUAGCACACUGGAUGCUGUCCCUUCAAACACUGUGUCUUAAUUGUUAUUGCUAUGCUGAAGGCCAGGUUGUUUGUAUUAAAACCCAACUAGGUAUUGAAUAACAUGCUCGUGAUACUAGCAGUGUGAGUAUUUGAAGCUUUUCCAGGUGUUUGCAGGUCCUUGAAGAUCUUUAUAAGUCCGAAUUUGCAUUUUAUGCCAUCAUUAAGGCCUUAAUGAGUAUUAAAUUGUCCUAAAAAGUUAGAUGAUCAUUUCAUUUAUGGCUACAAAGAAGUUCAAUCUAGUGUCAUUUAAUUUUGUUUGCUAAGCCUGCAUCUGCCAAAGACUCUAAAGCACUAGGGAUGGGCAAUUAACCCAUUUUGGCUAUCCAAAUAACCAGUUCGUUAAAUUUAUGGCAUUUACUUUUGUGAGGUUCGUACUUUAGUUGGAUGGCCAAGCUAAAUGUAACUAAAAAGAUGAUGAUGUGUAAAACGAGCAGGGCUCAAGGGCGCAUCUGUCGCACACUUAAAGCAGAUGGUGUGGAUUGAAAAGCUUGUUUAAAUAUGAGAAUAAUUGCAUUGUGAUGCACGUCCCAUAUGUCUAAAAAAGCUUCAGAAACACAUCUAGUGUGAAUUGGCCUUAACAGCGUGUAAUCACUGUGCCUAAUGCUGCACAGUGGCCGCUUUGACAAUGUAGGAGGACUUGAAGACCUACCGGCUUACAUACGUGUUUUGGCUUCAAUUUUAAAAAUCAAAACACAUUUAUUUCUUUUUUAUCUGCAUGCUUCUCAGAACCCGCACUGCUUCCCGCAUUAACCAUUUGUUCUUUAGUUUGUCACAAUUUGUGCUAUUUAGAUAACCAAUUUGUUAAAUGAGCAGUAUUCGUGUUAACAUUUCAUAUUAUCAAGCAUUAAUAAGAAAAUACACUAAAGGUUUGAGAUUAGUUCAGUGUGUGCAGCUGUUAUGGAAUACUGUAAACAGUUCUAAUGUGGCCAGUGUUGUUGGUAGGCCUCACCUAUGAUCAGAUAGAGGUUUUAUUAAAGGCUUAUUAAUAAAUGACAAA